AUGGGGUACCCGUCUACUUGGUGCAAGUGGAUUCGGGGCAUUCUCAAAUCGGCUUCCUCCUUGGUUCUGGUUAACGGAGCUCCAACUUUUCUCUUUAGAUGUGAAAAAGGCAUGCGACAGGGCGACCCGCUCUCCCCUUUCCUGUUUUUAGUGGUUAUGGAAGCUUUAUCGUGUAUGCUGGACCGGGCUAAGGAGGCAGGAGUGCUAAAGGGUAUUGUCACUCCUAACAAUGGUCCGAUUAUUACGCACCUUUUGUAUGCUAAUGAUGCCAUCGUUAUGGGUGAAUGGUCUAAGGAUGAAGUAGUUAACGUCGUGAGAAUUCUGCGGUGUUUCUAUGUGUGCUCGGGUCUUAAGAUUAACAUGGAAAAGUCUAACCUAUACGGCAUCGGUGUGGAGGCUCAGGAGACUGGGGAUAUGGCUAUUGAGGUGGGAUGUCGGCCCGACAUCCUCCUGUUCAGGUAUCUCGGUCUAAAUGUGUGA